UUCUCCCCACUCUUCAGUCUUCACCCCUUUCAUUCAUUUCCUUCAUUUAUUUUCUCUCUCUUAUUUUCUUUUUAUUUAUUCAUUUAAAGUUAAGGCUUGUUUGGCCUAUGAAAGAAAAUCGAAGAAGAAGAAGAUCAAAAUUAUUAUAUGAUGCAGCACAGUCCAGUGUACUCCCCUGUAGUUCACCACACAGAUGCAUCACGACCGUCCCUUGGAUUUCCAUUGGGAACAGCGUUGUUGUUGAUCAUCAUAUUUAGUUUAAGUGGGAUAUUUUCUUGUUGUUAUCAUUGGGAUAAAUUUCGUUCUCUUCGUCAAUCUUAUGCGGACGAUCUUGACCUUGAAGCUGCUAAUCAUCAACAUCCACAUAAACCUAAACCUAAUUACUUGAAACAAGAAGAAAUAGCUAGUGUUUCAGUAAUAAUGCCAGGAGAUCAAAUGCCAAGAUUCAUAGCGCUACCAUGUCCGUGUCAACCACCUCGGCCGGAAAAGCACGACCCGAUUCUUAGCCCUCAAAAACCACCCAAGCCGCCCCGUUUUCCGGUUCCUCUAUAUUAAUUGAUUUUCUAGCUAAGUUUUCCACACAACGUUGACAAAUUCGGUAAAAAAAAAUACUAGAAUUGUAUUGUAUUACUAGUGCAAAAAUAUGGUAACAGUCACGAAUACAGCAACAGAUUUGGUGAUGCGGUAAAUGGAGAAGUGAUGCGAUCAUACCACCAAAAUAUCAAUCGAAAUCAUUAGAUUUUUCGUUAACCGAGCUAUAACAUGAUUUUUUUACACUUUUACUAUGCGGGGUAAUAUCGGUUUGUUUGUUGAGAUCUGUCGGCCUUAUUUUUGAAUUAUGUAAUAACAGUUGGUUUGUACAUAGUGUAGUAGGUUAGACAUACUUAUCAGUUAUCAUUGUUGUCCUUAUUUUAAUUAUAGUUACACAAAUUUUUUAUGUUUUUUCUCCAACUCCUUGAAACACCCCAAUAUGUUUAAUUUAUUGAGAGAAUUCUGCGCUAUUUAAUGAUAUGAUUCUGAUGAAUGAUUUAAUCAGAAUCUGGCUCCUUAUGUUGUUUUU